GCCAAUCCAUCCGUUCCUCCAGCCUCGCUGCAUCGGUUUGGUUGACCCUCUCUCCUUCCCUUUCUCUGUCUCGCGGCGGUGGGUCGGAGCCGCGGUCUCUUACCUGACGCGGUCCCUGUUUAAUGAAUUCUUGUGCAAUUGGCGUCACCCUCCAAGAAAACCAAAAACAUUCGCAAAGCCACCCAAAGUUCGAAGCCAGGCGGCCGCCUCAUUUGAAUCCGCUUGCAAAUUGCCCCCCCCUCCCACCACCCCUUCUCCUCCACCUCCUCCUCCUCCUGUAAGAUGGCGGUGGUGAGCGGGGUGUCCGUGCCGGCGGUCGCCCGGUUGGAGGGCCGCGAGUUCGAGUAUUUGAUGAAGAAGCGUUCAGUGACCAUCGGACGGAACUCAUCGCAGGGCUGUGUGGACGUAAGCAUGGGACACUCGAGCUUCAUCUCACGCCGGCACCUGGAGAUCUUUACCGCCGGGGAAGACGGGGCUGGUGGUGGAGACUUCUAUCUACGCUGUCUCGGCAAAAACGGGGUGUUCGUGGACGGCGUCUUCCAGAGGAGGGGUGCCCCGCCUUUGCAGCUGCCCCGAGUGUGCACAUUCAGGUUUCCUAGCACAAAUAUCAAGAUUACUUUUACAGCACUCGCCAGCGACAAGAAGGAGAAACAGGAGGCGCCAGAGUCUCCAGUCAAGCCUGUCCAGCCCCAGAUUUCUCCCUUGACCAUUAACAUUCCAGACAGCAUCGCACAUCUGAUGAGUCCUCUCCCUUCCCCAACUGGAACUAUCAGUGCUGCAAACUCCUGCCCAUCCAGUCCUAGGGGAGCAGGGUCAUCGGGGUACAGAAUGGCUCGUGUAAUCCCAGCUGAACUCCAGCUAAUGGGUGACAACUCUCAGUCAGAGAAUGACAAGGAAGCAUCGGGGGGCGACAGCCCAAAGGAUGACUCAAAGCCGCCAUAUUCUUAUGCACAGUUAAUAGUCCAGGCCAUCACGAUGGCACCGGACAAGCAGCUAACACUAAAUGGGAUCUACACCCACAUUACCAAAAACUACCCUUACUACAGGACAGCCGACAAGGGAUGGCAGAAUUCAAUCCGCCACAAUCUUUCUCUGAACCGUUAUUUUAUAAAAGUUCCCCGGUCGCAGGAAGAACCAGGAAAAGGCUCGUUCUGGAGGAUAGACCCUGCAUCAGAAAGCAAAUUAAUAGAGCAAGCCUUUAGGAAAAGGAGGCCAAGGGGUGUACCCUGCUUUCGAACUCCCCUGGGACCUCUUUCUUCUAGGAGUGCUCCUGCUUCUCCAAAUCACUCUGGGGUCUUAUCUGCUCACUCCAGUGGAGUUCAAACCCCAGAAAGUUUAUCCCGAGAAGGCUCUCCUGUCCCUAUGGAACCUGAACCUGCUGCUACAGUACAACCCAAGUUAGCAGUAAUACAAGAGGCACGGUUUGCUCAGAGUGCCCCAGGUUCUCCUUUAAAUAGUCAGCCUGUUUUAAUUACAGUCCAGCGGCAGCUGCCACAGACUAUUAAACCUGUCACAUAUACAGUGGCCACUCCCGUGACAACUUCCACAUCGCAGCAACCAGUGAUGCAAACCGUUCAUGUUGUCCACCAGAUACCAGCCGUAUCGGUUACUAACGUCGCCGGUUUAACGCCAGCAAACACAUACACGGUGGCGGGACAGGCUGUGCUAGUAAACCAGUCUAAAAUGGAGCCACAGGAAAAUGGGGAGCACAAAGAAAUUAAAGUGAAAGUAGAACCUGUGCCGGCCAUCACUCACACUGCCAUUGGAACUGCAAAUCGAAUCAUCCAGAGUUCGCAGGCUACACCUCUACAGACCGUUACCAUUGUCCAGCAGGCCCCCCUCGGACAGCACCAGCUACCAAUCAAAACUAUAACACAGAAUGGGACUCAUGUGGUCCCGAUUACCACUGCAAUUCAGGGACAGAUCAGUACCGCUGUUGCAAGUCCCCUGCACAUGCUGGCCACUCACGCAUCGGCAUCAGCCUCUCUUCCAACAAAACGGCAUAACGGAGACCAAGCAGAACAGCCAGAUCAUAAACGUCUGAAAAUGGAGGAAGGGGAGAGUAUAGUCAUUGCAGUAAAUGUUGACCCCUCGGCUGUGAGUGAACAAGGCAGCCAAAUCUAGUGACUCGAAGGUACUGCCGUGUUGCUUUUUUUUUUUUUUCCCUUUCCUUUUUUUCCUCUUUUUUUCUUUUUUUUUUUUUUUUUUUUUAUUUUUAUUUUUAUUUUUUUAAAAGACAACUCCAGGUGCCAAAUGGGAAAAGAAAAACAAACAAAAACUAUACAAUUAACUUAACUGUCUUUGAACUUUGGAAUGUGUUUCAAAACCCAUUGGGUAAAAAACAAAAAAAAGCAAAUUUCAAAAA